ACGGCCAGAGGUGGUUCUAGCCGAGAGGACCAGGAGGCAGGAUACGGCUGGGAGCUUGCCACCGGACAGCGCGGAGAUGCUACUGAGUCUGAUCUUUUCCCACCUGUUGGGAGCUUGGCUGCUGCUGAGUUUCUACCCCGGGGAGCUCAGAGCCCAGUAUAUCGACGACGUCCCGAGGAAGCUAUGCGGCCGCCAGUUUGUCCGGGAGGUGAUCAAAGUCUGCGGAACCACUGGGUGGAGAAGUGCCAUCAUAGCGAGACAUAUACGGCAGGAGCCGGGACAGAUGUUUGUCUCCCUUGAAAAUGAUGUGGACAAUGGAAAGCUAGAUGCAGAGGUCAUUUCUGGUUGGAAGGAGGGGCAGAUUCCUCUGUUGAAAGGAGGCCAGGAUUUGAAGAAUGUACUUAAUUUAUAUGGUCACACUGAAGACUCCAUCCCCACAAUGGAAGAGUUCAUGAUAGGUCCUGAUGAAUUCAAGGAAGCUAUUGAAAAAAACAAAAAUGAAAUCAAAGUCAUCAGUCCUUUGAGACAAUAUGACUUCAUGAGGGGGACACAUCCCCGGAUAAGGAGAGGCAAGUCCGAUUUAUUAUCAAUUAAGUGUUGUCAAAGGUCUUGUACCAGAGGAGAGCUUAGAAGACUGUGCUAA